CACACACAGGGAGGGCUGGCUGCUCCAGGAACUGCAGCGGCGGCAGCAGCAGCAGCAGCAACAGCAGCAGGAGGCUGCGAAUGAGAGAGAGCGCUCGGAGGCCGGGGGAGCGCUGCAGCUCACACACAGGGACUGCGAGCCGGGGCAAAGUACACGUUGAACUCUCUCUCUCUCUCUCUCUCUCUCUCCCCCCCUCUCCGAACUCUGAUCCUGAAGAGUUUUCCCGCACAGAGAGGAUCUACAGCUCUUUUUUUUGUGUUGUUGCUGCUUGGCUAGUUUUUUCGACCCCCGUGGACUUCUUUUUUUCUGGUGUGUUAAAGAGGAGCAGCUCCACAUGUGACAAUGGAGGAAGGAUAUGAACUUGACCUGACCUACAUCACGGAGCGCAUCAUCGCCGUGUCCUUCCCCAGAGCCUGCUCGGAGGGGACCUACCUGCACAACCUGCAGGAUGUCACGCGCAUGCUCAAGUCCAAACAUGCCGACAACUACCUGGUGAUUAACCUUUCAGAAAAGAGAUAUGAUCUCACCAAAAUGAACCCCAAGACCAUGGACAUGGGCUGGCCUGACCUUCACGCUCCUCCGCUGGAUAAGAUCUGCACCAUCUGCAAGGCCAUGGAGAACUGGCUCAACGCCGACCCCCAGCACGUGGUGGUCAUCCACUGUCGGGGUGGUAAGGGCAGGAUUGGAGUGAUCAUCUCAUCCUAUGUGCAUUUCACCAACAUAUCAGCCAGUGCUGAGCAGGCACUCGACCGCUUCGCCAUGAGAAAGUUCUACGACGACAAAGUUUCCGCCUUAAUGACGCCGUCACAGAAGAGGUAUGUGUGGAUCCUGUACAGCCUUCUGACUGGCUCUAUGAAAAUGAACGCCUCUCCUCUCUUCCUACACUACGUUGUUCUCCAUGGGAUUCCAAACUUUGACAGCGAUGGAGUGUGUCAGCCGUAUUUGAAAGUGUACCAGGGAAUGCAAGCUGUGUACACAUCUGGAAUUUACCACAUAGGCCCCGGAAAUAAAAGCAGAGUGUGUCUCGCCCUGGAGCCAGCGCAGCUGCUGAAAGGUGACAUAAUGAUUAAAUGUUACCAUAAAAACGUUCACACGUCAAGCCGGGAGGUAAUUUUCCGCCUCCAGUUUCACACAGGCACGGUCCACGGAAGCAGCCUCGUGUUCCAGAAAGAGGACCUGGAAAACGCCAACAAAGAUCCCAGAUUUCCAGAUUACGGGAAGAUUGAGCUGGUGUUUUCAGGAAGUCCGGAGAAGAUUCAAGGGUGUGAGCGCUGGAGGAACGGGCCGGAUGUGACAGUAGACUACAACACUGCUGACCCUCUGAUCCGCUGGGACUCCUACGAGAACAUCACCUCCGACGGUGAAGUGCCUCACUCUCAGGGCCCGGUAGAUGGCAGCUUGUACGCCAAGGUCAGGAAGAAGAGCUCGGACAGCGCGCCGCCGGUGACCGGCAGCCCUGACCACAGCGAGCACGCCCUGUCCACCGGCAGCGACUCGGGCCACUCUAGCACCUCCCUGUGGACCAAGCGGGGCCCCAGCAGGCAGGAGCGGGCAGAGCUCAAGCGUCUGCUCAGCGGCUUCGGCCUGGACGACCCAGAGUCCCUGGGGGAGAUGGCGGAGAGGAAGGCGGCGGGGGUGGCGGGGGGAAUCCAGCACGUGGUCCCUGCCCAGGUGCAUGUGAAUGGCGAGACCCGGCCCAGGGAGCGCGAGACGGACAUCCUGGACGACGAGAUCCCUGCCCAUGACCUGCACAGCGUGGACAGCAUCGGCACCCUGUCCUCGUCUGAGGGCCACCACUCCAACGCCCUGGGCCACUUCGGCUGCCACAAGAGCAGCCAGAACUCCCUGCUGUCAGACGGCUUCGGCAGCCACACCGGGGAGGAGCACCAUGCCCCGCUGGCGCCCGACACGGGCAUCGGCGGAGCGGAGGACUACGAGCGGGCGUUUAGCGAGCCGAAAACGGGCUACCAGCCUCAGACGGGCGCCCCAUCGGCCAACCCCAAGCCCCAGGCCUUCGGGCAGAGCGGCUACUCCACGCACACUUGGGUCCGCCAGCAGCAGAUGGUAGCUGCUCAGCAGUACACGUACCUGCCGGGUGACAGCGACAGCCGGUUCUCCAAGGAGGGCAGCCCUUCCAAAAUGGCCGCGGUUCCGGACGCGCCUACCAGGGGGAGCAGCAGCCGGGAGGCGGUGCAGAGGGCGGGCAGCGCGGAGCCCGGCGAGUCCGGGGGGAUGGACCGAGCCUUGAGCAGAGAGGACGAGCUGACCUCCCUCACUGUGGAUAUCGAUCAGUCCAUCGACCAGCUCAACCAGCUCAUCAUGGAUCUGGACCCCACCUUCGUGCCCAUACCCACCCGCACCAACUCAGUCAAAAGAGACGGCAGGACUCUCACCAAUGGACCUCACACCCUGUGCACAAAUGGAGUGGGCCUCAGGCUUGCAGAGAAUCAGGAGGCCGCACUGCCAGGCACGCACCAAUCAGCAGGCCUAGUCGGUGAUGUCAGAGCAGACAGGAUCCGGAGCCUGAGUCGGCAGGGCAAUGAUGUCACAGACCACCCGGGGCUCCGGACUCCUGGAUGGGACAUGCAGGGGACCUUCCAGAACUCACCAAUCUACACACCCAACCUGCCACCCUCCCAGCGGGGCGUCCUUUACAGGACCGACAGCUUGGGCUACAGAGGACCGGGCGAGGAGCUGGACAGCAGGGUGGAGGCCGUCAGCGAGAUGGUGCCCCCGACGCCCGCCUUCCCCGUCUCGCCCCCCACGCCCUACGUGAAGAACCUCACAGACUUCUCUCAGAUGAAGUUGUCGGCUCAGCCUGGGAGCCAGUUAGACGCCUACAGGACAGCACAUGAAUCUCGGAGUUACAUGGAGAACAUCAAUCACACCCCGGGCUCAGAUGGGGAUCUAUUUUGCGCUGAAGUGUCCGUCACCCCCAGCUCCUUCCAGAGGACGUUUGGAUCCAUGCGGUCUGUAUCCACGAGCAGUCCGCUUCCUCAGGCCGACAGCCCAUCUGCGGGGCAGCCCUGGCAGGACGGGGGCGCAAAGCCCCCCCUGAAUCACCAGCUGCCCAUGAGCAAGUUUGCCCCGCACUACCCCGGUUCACUGGACUACCCCUGCGCGGGCAGCGUGGAUGGCCAGCAGUCCCCACCCCUGUCCCACCCGGGCCCCAACUGCCACAGCUCCCCCCGAGGGGGUCCCAGGAGCCAGGGCCAGAGGAGCCUGGGCCAGAGCUUCAACGAGCAGGAUGACUGCAGGCUUGGGGCGGGCGGGAGCAUGGACCUGUCCUCCCUGCUGGACGGCACGGGGCUGGAGCACAGCCUCCUGGCAGCGGUGGAGGGCCUCGGCCACAUGGGCCUGGGCGGGCAGCCGCCCCUGCCUGAGAAGAAGAGGGUUUCGGAGGGCGAGCACUCACUGAGCUCCAGGUCGCCCUCCCUCAGCGGCUUCUCCAGCCCGCACAGCGGGAGCACCGUCAGCAUCCCCUUCCCCAGCAACCUGCCCGAGUUCUCCUCCCGCAUCCUCAACGCCUCCUCACCCCUCCCAGAUGCGUUUGCCAGCAAGCAGGUGACUGUGAAAUUCGUACAAGACACUUCCAAGUUUUGGUACAAGCCUGACAUCUCCAGGGACCAAGCCAUCGCGGUGCUUAAGGACAAAGAACCCGGCUCCUUCAUUGUGCGGGACAGCCAUUCAUUCCGCGGGGCCUACGGACUGGCCAUGAAGGUGGCCACGCCCCCACCCUCUGUGCUGCAACAGAGCAAGAAAGUGGGAGACCUGUCCAACGAGUUGGUCAGACACUUCCUGAUCGAAUGUACGCAGAAAGGAGUGAGGCUCAAGGGCUGUCCCAAUGAGCCGUACUUCGGAAGUCUCACUGCGCUGGUGUGUCAGCACUCCAUCACGCCACUGGCCCUGCCCUGCAAACUCAUCAUACCUGACAGAGAUCCGCUGGAGGACAUUGGGGAAUCGAGCGCGCAGUCGGCCACCAACUCAGCUGCGGAACUUCUGAAACAGGGAGCAGCCUGUAACGUGUGGUUUCUGGGCUCGGUGGAGAUGGAGUCGCUGACCGGCAACCAGGCGGUCCAGAAGGCCACCAGCAUUACUCUGAGCAUGGACCCGCCCCCCACGUCCACGGUGGUCCACUUCAAAGUGUCGGCCCAGGGAAUCACCCUCACGGACAACCAGAGGAAGCUCUUCUUCAGGAGGCAUUAUGCUGUCAACACUGUCAUAUUUUGCGCUUUGGACCCGCAAGAUAGGAAGUGGACGCGAGAUGGCAGCUCCUCUGCAAAGAUUUUUGGAUUUGUGGCGAGGAAGACGGCCAGCGGGACGGACAACGUGUGCCAUCUCUUCGCCGAGCACGACCCCGAGCAGCCUGCCAGCGCCAUCGUCAACUUCGUCUCCAAGGUGAUGAUCGGCUCCCAGAAGAGCAAGUAGCCGCGAGACGAGGGCCACUGACCCGCACUUGCCCUACUGAGACACUGCCACCAGCACCCCCCCCCCACACACACACACACACACACCGCGUAUGCCUUAACAAAAAAAUGACUUCAUUCAAACCACAGAAAGGAGAAGCAACAACUAAUGGCAAUCAUACAUUAAUUGUGUGGUCAUACAAAAGGGAUCCUUUUUAGGACACAGAGAGAAUUUAGUUGUCGUGUAAAAUAUGUAUUUAUUUCCGGAUGUUUUAAAAUCAUCAGUAUCUAUGAUGACACUAGCAUUCAUGUAUGUUGAAGCUCUGAAUUGUGGUAUUGCUCCAAAUUGUCAUGUUCCUCUUUCUGAACUGGAUAUUGUUACAUGCCUUUAAGCUUUUGUCUCUGUGUUAUUUCGCCAAAUUGUUCUGGUUACGCUUAGAAUCAAUAUUAUUUCAUUUUUUAAUCAAGUGCUUCUGCCAAAUAACAUUUAUGUGAUGAUACAGCUGUUAAUUCAAUCAGCAAUCAGCAUUUUCUCAUCUGAUAAUGAUUCAUGCAAUUUUUGUUUAAAAUUAUUCUGAUUUUUUUUUUCAAAGAGGAGUCCAACUAAUCUUAUGUGCCUUCAGGAUGUGGCGACCCCAUUUCUGUAUGUAUCGAAUUUAACUAAAUAUCCACCUUUGUGAGGAUUUAUUUGCUUUGGAACGCCUCUGAAUGUCCAAGAAUUUAGAGCACUCCACAGUUUUAAGUGCGUUAGUUUAACAAAAACAUUUUGGUUACCUUUCGCCUGACAAGCACAGCAAACUCCAGCCUCAUCGGGUGGAAACUCAUACAGGCUGCAGCGCUGUAAAAAAGGUCUUCAUUAGCAAGCUCCCAUGGGCUUUCCAUGUGUGUUUCCUUAGAAGAGCUCGCUGCCUGGCUUCUCCAGAUGCUUUCCCUUCAGGUCUCUGUAAGGGCUGUGCAUAGGCCGUCUGCUAGGUUUCCUUAGACUCCUGGUGGAUAGGCCCACCUUGUUUCAUUGUGUAUGGUUAGUAAAAGCAACCCACAGCAUUGUACUAUGUAUGUGCCUGUUAACAGACAGAAAGCAUGUGCUUCCGGUCUUGCUUAGUGGCCAGUAUAUACAUACAGAAUUUACUAUAUGAGGAUAUAUAUGAAUGAAGGUUGCCAAGAAAGUUACAGCCCCCACCAAAAAGUUAAUUUAUGGAGGAAAGAAAGAAACCUUUUGUGCUGUGAGGUUGACAUUUGUUCUUGCCAACCUCAGAACACUCU